ACAGAGGAUCUUACCACCGACAGCCCGAUUCGGACAGAGGUUGUUUCUGUAGUGAUAUCUCUACUUUUGACGUUUGCGUUAGUUUUUUCUCUACCCAGGAUGUCUAGUGUUUUGUAAAUGAACACGUCGUCUUGCGAGUUCAACGGACAGAUUUACACAAACGGUAGCUGACAAAGAUUUUUGUUUUGGGCUUCAAUCAAGCAUGCCACGGAGAAAACAGCAGGCGCCGAAGCGCGCAGCAGAGUACGGUCCAGAAGACGGCCCAGAGCAGCCAGCUGAGGGAGGAGAAGCGCUGGAGGAUGAGGACCCAGCCGCUGACCACAGGCUGCAGAUGGACAGCUCCUGCCCACGGCCCGGCCCACCCACCCCGGGCCCCGAGAGCGACCAGGACGCCUGCCUGACUGACCUCUCCUCCCACGACCUGGACAGCGAGUCCCACCUGAGCGAGCCGAGCGACCGCAUGUCUGACUUUGGCGACUCGGUGAAGAGCGAGGAGGUGGCCGUGCGAGGCUCACGGAAGCGCCGGCCGGGGGCGGAAGACUCCGGAAGCAUCAGUCCGAGCAGCCUGGAGCAGAUGAAGGCCAUAUACGGCAGCUUCCUCACCAACUCCUACUGGUCCGCGCUGGGCAUCCGCCAGCCCGGUUCUGAGAGCAUACCGUGCACCACCACCAGCCCUGCCAACCCCAGCACCACCACCACCACCUCCACCACCACCACCAGCAGCAGCAGCAAUGGCAGCACCGGCGGCAGCACGGGUGCCUUCGACUGGCACCAGUCGGCCAUGGCCAAGACGCUGCAGCAGCAGGUGCCUCCUGGUGCUCUCCCGCUGGUGCUGCAGGACGCAGGCCUGGUGAGCAGCAUCCACCUGCAGCGGCAGAGCACCAAGCUGUACGGCUCCAUCUUCACGGGCGCCAGCAGGUUCCGCUGCAAGGGCUGCAGCCUGGCCUUCGACACGCUGGUGGAGCUGACGGUGCACAUGAACGAGACGGGCCACUACCGCGACGACAACCACGCCCGGGACGGCAGCGGCGCCAAGUGCUGGUCCAAGCCGCGCAAGCGCUCCCUGCUGGAGCUGGAGGGGAAGGACGACGCGCAGAAGGUCCUGCGCUGCAUGUACUGCGGUCACUCCUUCGAGUCCCUGCAGGACCUCAGCGUGCACAUGAUCAAGACCAAACACUACCAGAAGGUGCCGCUCAAGGAGCCCAUGCCCUGUGUGGCCGCCAAGAUGGUGGCGCAGUCCAGGAAGAGGCUGCCCGUCGACCUGGACUUCCUCGUUCCCCGGUCCAAAGAGAGGACUCCGAAAGAGCCCGGCGUCAGCAGGAGUCACAAGGAGAAGCUCCCUGAGGCUGGGGCUGUUGUCACAAACAAUCACCAUGGAAACCAGAAUGGUGGGAGUGGCGGCGCGUGGCCGUUUGACUCUCACAAGUCACAGAUUCUCAAGUGCAUGGAGUGCGGGGCCUCCCAUGAGUCUUUGCAGGACCUGACCGCCCACAUGGUCGUCACGGGGCACUUCAUCAAGGUCAACAACAUCGCCAUGAAAAAGUCAGAGGUUGCACCUUCAUCUGGACCAACGUCCCCCACAGAGGACAAGAGCCAGACGGUAGCACUGCCCCCCUCCUCCCUCUCCUCCCCGGCCUCCCUCCCCUCCCCCUGCAUGUCCCCCCCCUCCUCUCUUAGCGCUGCCAUCAAGCAGGAGGACCCCGACAGCAAGCACAGCCCGCAGGAGGACCAGAGGGUGGACAAGGCCUCCAAGUACAACUAUCUGACCGAGGAGGACCUGAGAGAGAGCCCCAAGGGGGGCUCGGACAUCCUGAAGUGUCUGGAGAACGCGGUCUCGUCCGCCAUCCACAAGGCGCAGACGGGCUCGCCCAGCUGGGGCGGGUACCAGAGCAUCCACGCUGCCUACCAGCUGCCCAGCAGUGCCACUCAUUUCCAGGGCAUCCCUGGCAGGAGCUCUGCCCUGAGGUGCCCCGCGGUCACCAGAGAGACCCUCUCCCUGGGCAAGAGCCAAGCACUGACCUCGCCUGCCAGCAGCCACUCCCCUGCAUCUCCUGCAUGUCAGUCAGUGACCUCAGAGGCCAAUAAAAGCACUCCCUCCUCUCUUGUCCCGCCCUCUUGUCAGCCGGUCAACCUGCAGGCCAUGCAGGAGCUGGUCAAGAGAGUGACGGAGAAGAUGGCUAAAGUGGAGAAGCAGAUGAGGCCUGUGGACGCCGACGCACUUCUGGUGACGAAGGAAAGUCCUACUGCCGACAGCGCUCAGUCUGUGGAGGCUGCUGACCAGGGCUCGCACAAAGACCCGCAGCCAAAAGCCGCACCAGAACAAACCGGCUCAGAGCAGCCCUCUGACACGGAGAGUAAUGCAGCAGAGGAGAGGAGCGAGCCAGAGACGGAGAGCCAGAUGACCGAUCUGGUCAGAUCUCCCAGGCCUGCUCUGGACGCUAGCACUGCCAUCAUCACCACCCACGCAGCACCAGAGCAGCCCUUCGUCAAUCCCUUAAGCGCACUCCAGUCAGUGAUGAAUCUGCACCUGGGCAAAGUGGCCAAGCCCGCCAUGCGAGAGGCUGACCCCAUGAGCAUGCUCUUCAGGAUGAGCAACAGCAUGGCCGACAAGGUUGCCGUAGCAACACCCCUCCCUGCAAACAGCAAGAAGACCGAACCGUGCGUCGAAAGUUUCCAGGAGGUCGACAAAGACCAGCCAAUUGAUUUGUCCAAGGGCAAGAGCGACAGGCCUCGGGGUUGUUUGACCGCGUCUCCUACAUCAGCUGCCCUCAGAGCCGUGACGUGUCCAGCUGUCCCGCCCAGCCAGCCGCCUACACACACGCCCUCAGACCGACCUCUGGACGUGAGCGAGGCUUUUCAGGAGAGCGCUCUGGCCGACAUCUCAGACAUGGUGCGCAACCUGACCCAAUCCCACGCGGUCGCCAAGGCAACCAAACACCACAGUGGACGCCUGGAGAGGAGCGGCGGCGAGAGAGGCGUCGCCGUGGCAACGCCGGAGGACGCGGAGGAGGACGCGACGUCUCACAGGCGCAAGGGCCGGCAGUCCACCUGGAACGUCCAGCACCUGCUGAUCCUGCAGGCGCAGUUCACCGCCAGCCUGCGGCGCUCGGCCGAGGGCAAGUACGUCCCGCCGGACCUGAGCCUGAAGGAGCGCACGCACAUCUCGCACGCCACCGGCCUCUCCAUGACCACCAUCAGCCACUGGCUGGCCAACGUCAAGUACCAGCUGAGGCGCUCGGGCCGCACCAAGUUCCUGAAGAACCUGGACUCGGGCCAGCCGGCCUUCUUCUGCAGCCAGUGCUCCACGCAGGUCCAGACGCCGGCCGCCUACGUGCGGCACCUGGAGGCCCACCUGGGCUUCAGCCUCACGGACCUGGCCAAGCUCUCGGGGGAGAAGGCCGCGCAGCAGCUCAGAAAGCAGGCGGCGCGCUCCAGCAAAGCCCCCGCCGACAGCAAACACACACCCUCCCAUUUGCCCUCCCUGCACGAGGAAGGCAAGUGUGUGCUGCUUGGGUGCAAGUUUUGCAAGCAGACUUUCACAAACAAACAUGCUCUUAGACUCCACACCUGCCACAUCCACGGGAGGACAGAGGACCUUCCGCCAAAAGGUCUCAAGAUGGAGACGUAGAGUAGUUCCUCCAUUCAAGACUGUCUUUGUUGAAAAACGCUCAACAGACACAAACUUUGAGUAAACAUAAAAUGAACAAAAAUCACAUUUACACUUCAUUGCCUAUUUCAAAACAGACAACUUAGGACUGUGGUGAAUAGUUCUAUUUUGAUAUAUUAUAUGUUAUGAUAUUUUUAAACAAAUAUUAUUUCCAAAAAUAUUAUUUGUACAUGUGAAUGAAGUAUCUUAAAAUGCUAUAUUAAAUGUUUUGAAUUAACAUGUUAUAAAUAUCAGUGUCAGCCUGGAAUGGGAAGCAGUGAGCGUUCUCCAAGGAGAAUUAGUCAUGUCAUAUUCAAGAACUGCUUACUGCCGCGCAUACAGUAGCCAUUGCGUUUACAAUAUAAGAUCCUGUAUAAGCAGAGGUUUUAAGGUUUAAGUUAAUGUAUAUAUACACAAUCAAAUGUAUUUCUGGAUGGGUUAGUGCACUUUGAAAAAAUAAUGUUUUUCAUUAACAUACAGAAGUCAGCCAAUUUCAGCAGAAAAGCACCUAUGUUGUUUUGCACAGUAUUAUUACACAAUGUUAUGUUCAGAUGGAUUGUUUUUAUUCUCCAUAUUACUUAAAAAUACACAACAUAAUAAAGAUAAGAGUCUGUGUUUUUGUUGUAAGGCUGGUUGUCCAUAUUGUAUACUUGUCAGUUGAUUAAGGAUGACUGAAUGAAAUCACAAUAAUAACAUUUCCUGUUUAAAUGAUUACCUUUACUAUCAAUCACGAAUGUUAUGAAUGUUGCAUUGUAUCUGUUGUUAAUAUUGCUUUGGUAAUUAUUAAAAAGGCCUU